AUGACCACCCCUCCUCCUGCCUCCUCCGACUCCAAUCCGUCGUUCUCCAUGUCCGCAUACAUGAUGCCCUCAAGCCAAGACUCCUACACCUCGGAGACAGAUGAUGAUAUCGCCUCUUUACCCUCAGAGUCAACCACCGAUUCAGAUUUGGAGACCCUUUCCGACGACUAUUCUGACGCCGAGGCGGAGUGGCGGGAAAGCAUCGAACAACUGGAGCUCAUGUUGACAAUGGUCUUAGUGCCAUUUGUUGGCAAGUACCUGGGCCGUCGCUGUGCCUACUGGAGUUGGACGAGGUUCAUGCAAUGGAAGUAUCCUGUCGAGGUCCAGAUCACCAACCCUGGCUUCUUCAAGGGUGCCGGUGUCGUCGAGGCGGCUGCAACUCUGUAG